UUACUCUUUCAUGCGGCUACUGGGAUCUCUGGACUAGCCCUAGCCACCACGCUGUAAUUUUUUGCAGUCUCUGCAGUCCGCUACCUUUUAAGGUCAAGAUGUUGUUAAGUAUAAAAACUAUCUUAUGGAUGUUCUCUACAUUAGUUAUAACGUGUAUGCUACCUAAAGUUAAAGCAGAAAAAACCACCAUGAUUAUGGGAUCUCUCUCUGGAACUUCAGUCCUGCCAUGCCUCUUUUCAACCACACCCACCAUAUCUUCCAGCUACGCAGCUGAGUAUCUUCGAAUCAAAUGGUCAAAGGUUGAACUGGAUAAAAGUGGAAAAGAUGCAAAAGAAACCACAGUCCUGGUGGCCCAGAAUGGCAACAUCAAAAUAGGUCAAAGCUACAAAGAUAGAGUGUCUGUUCCAACCCAUUCAGAGGAGACCGGUGAUGCUUCACUGACUUUCUCUAAGCUGCGUGCAAGUGACGCUGGAGUGUAUCGCUGUGAUGUUAUGUAUGGAGUUGAAGACACUCAAAACAUUGUAUCACUGGCUGUUGAGGGUGUUGUAUUCCACUAUCGUGCAGCAACCAGCAGGUAUACUCUGAAUUUUACACAAGCUCAGCAGACUUGUCUGGAUAAUGGUGCUGUCAUAGCAAGCCCAGAACAACUGAAAGCAGCCUAUGAAGAUGGAUUUGAGCAAUGUGAUGCUGGCUGGUUGUCUGACCAGACUGUUAGGUACCCGAUUAGACAUCCAAGAAUCGGCUGCUUUGGAGAUAAAAUGGGAAAGAAAGGAGUCAGAACAUAUGGGCGCCGUUUUCCUAAUGAAACUUAUGAUGUGUACUGCUACGUUGAACGCAUGGAAGAUGAAGUGGUUCAUGUCUCAGCCCCUGAGAAGCUCACCUUUGAGGAAGCAAAAGAGCUGUGUCGGAAAAGAGAUGGUGUUCUUGCUUCUGUUGGGAACCUGUAUGUGGCCUGGAGGAAUGGCUUUGACCAGUGUGACUAUGGCUGGCUGGCAGAUGGCAGCGUUCGUUACCCAGCCUCAGUGGCAAGGCCCCAGUGUGGUGGAGGUUUACUUGGGGUGAGAACCCUGUAUCGCUAUGAGAACCAAACAGGCUUUCCUUACCCAGAUAGCAAGUUUGAUGCCUACUGCUAUGAACGCCAAGAUCCAUGCAAAAGCAAUCCCUGCCUUAAUGGUGGUACGUGCUAUCCGCGUGGUUCAUUUUACAUCUGUACAUGUUUGCCAGGUUUCAACGGCGAGCAGUGUGAAUUAGAUAUUGAUGAAUGCCAGUCUAACCCAUGCCGGAAUGGAGCCACGUGUAUAGACGGCCUCAAUACCUUUACUUGCUUGUGUCUGCCAAGCUAUAUAGGUGUUCUUUGCGAACAAGACACAGAGACCUGUGAUUAUGGCUGGCACAAGUUCCAAGGACAGUGCUACAAAUACUUUGCCCAUCGGCGUACAUGGGACACGGCUGAAAGGGAAUGCCGUCUCCAGGGAGCACACUUGACAAGCAUCUUGUCUCAUGAGGAGCAGAUCUUUGUGAACCGCAUUGGGCAUGACUACCAGUGGAUUGGCCUCAAUGACAAGAUGUUUGAGCGUGAUUUCCGCUGGACUGAUGGUAGCCCACUGCAAUAUGAGAACUGGAGACCAAACCAGCCAGACAGCUUCUUUUCCGCUGGAGAAGACUGUGUUGUUAUAAUAUGGCAUGAGAAUGGGCAGUGGAAUGAUGUACCAUGCAAUUAUCACCUCACCUAUACCUGCAAGAAAGGAACAGUUGCUUGCGGUCAGCCUCCUGUUGUGGAAAAUGCAAAGACCUUUGGGAAGAUGAAACCCCGUUAUGAGAUCAACUCCCUUAUUAGAUAUCACUGCAAAGAUGGUUUCAUCCAGCGUCAUAUUCCAACCAUUCGGUGUCAAGGAAAUGGAAGAUGGGAUAUGCCUAAAAUUACUUGCAUGAAUCCAUCCACGUACCAAAGGACUUACUCUAAGAAAUACUACUAUAAACAUUCUUCAUCAGGAAAAGGAACAUUGUCAAAUUCAUCAAAGCAUUAUCAUCGCUGGAUCAGGACGUGGCAGGACUCAAGGCGCUGAGAGCGAAAUGGUGAAUGGGGAUCUCCACCAUUUCAGCCAAAGUCAUAACUUUCUGUGCCUUUUUCUAUCACCUAUUAGGAGUAUUAUCAAAUUGUUUUGAAACUAUGGACUGCGGUAUUCACAAUGCAUUUUACAAAAACAUGGUGUUUAUCAGAAAACUAAAAAAUAAAAAAAGGAGAAGUGCUUAUGGGGAUAAAAGGAAACCAUUUCCAGCCUAUAAAGAUAUUAGUUUUCUAUAUGCCAUUGGUGUGGACCAUUUUAUGAUAUAUACCAGCCUUCUGCAAUAUUUAAACAGCUCGAUUUUAGCAUCAAUGAAAAUGUAAAUAAGAUGAUUUUAAUGUGUUUGAUUGUGUGUUGUUUUUAAAAUCUUGUAUAUAAAAUAAAAAGUCACACUAAUUUCAGGCAUAUUUAUGGUUAGAACGGCCUCAGAGGUCUUCAGUCAUUUAUGACAUUGUUUUUAUGUUGUUUACCUAGGCUGGAAAUGGUUGAAAUAACUUCACUGACUGAAAUUUGUUGUUAUCAGGUGAAGAUAAACACACAAGUGAUAUGAAUUAAUCUUUUUUUUUUUUUUAAAUGGGGACUGUGCCAAUUCCCAUCCAAGGUACAGUUUGUGUCCACAUGAUGCAAAGUUUAGGUAGAGCACAUAGAAGUGACAUGAAGCAUGAAAUAGGGACUGCAAUGUGGAACAUUUUUAUUUUCCUGCUCUCCAUUCCAGCUUCAACAUUCAUGAGAAAGGACUGCAUGGAGGAGUUGUGUAUGACAAAGCGGGCCUGUAAAAAAUCCAAGUGCUAAUACAUUAACUUCAUCAAACAGGGCCAUUUUUUUUAAAGAAAGAAAAAAUGGGGAAAAAAAAUAUUUGAAAUUACUUUCAUGACAUUAACCACAAGGUCUAUAUCACAGGUCUCUGCAUUCUAUAAUGGAGAUAGACCUGGCGUUUGGGGGAUUUUUUUUUUUUGUAAAAACAAACAAAAAAUAAAAAAGUAAAUAAUUUUGUAUAUAUAACCAGUUUUUUAAUCUUUUUAUAAAGUAAUGAAUGUUUGUGUAUGAAUGCUGCAGCUGUGAAGCGUACAUAAAUAAAUGAAGUAAGCCAUACUGAUUUAAUUUAUUGGAUUUUUUUUACCCAUGCAAAGAAGAUUCAAAGAGCUCACUAGUGCAGUAUUGGCCCAUGAGCUCCAGUUUUGGAACCAACUUUCAGUUCAACUGCUAUUUCCCUGGAGAACAAAAUUCCUGCUAAACAGGAUCAUUUGUUUGCAGUUGGAUGGGUGAAAACUUGUGUGACCCACAGAAGAAUCAGAAUCUUGGCUUUCUAGAAAGAUGUGUGUGCACAAAGAGAGUAUAGGUUGUAGCUGGUGCAGUGUGUACGUAGGAAUUCUCUAUUAUGGCUUCUUACCCUGGUCAGCUUGAUGACUGACUUGGAUGUGUACAGUAAGUGUAGAAGAUAACGUCUGAAACGACCUCUCCACAGAAAGGACUGUUAUUUCUGCAAAGUGCCUUGCACACCUUUGGGCACAGGACAAAAAAAAAAAAGUAAAAAAAAAAGUAAAAAAAAAAAAAAAGUGAGAAUAAAAGAACAGUAAGUUCCCUAGGAUGUACCUUUUAAAAUAACAUUGCAAAUACAGAACACAGGCGGGAGGUUUACCAGGCCAACAUGUAAGUGUUUGCACCAGGCACAGCUGCCCAUGGAGUGACCUUGCCACCGGUCAUUGAGAACAGUAAUUACAGUUUCAGAUGACAUCUCUUAAGGAAUUGCAGUGACCACCAUUGAGUGUACUCAACACUUAUGCCCACAGUGUGGCAGUGCUCACUGUGUUGGCCGGUUCAUUCCCCACCCCUCACCCGCAAACAAUGCACAUAAUACUUUUGUCUAUUUAUAUUAUUAUCUUGUAUAGUGUAUAAUGUGAAUGUCUGGGGUUUUUGUGAAUGAAAGUCUAAAAUCUUUGUAACUUUUAUAUCUGCUUCUGUUUCACCAAAGAAACAAGGUUUUGCUAUACUGUGACUUGUCUUGUUAUUGCAUGUCUUCCUGUUUAAAUCUAUGCAAUGUGAUUUUUUUCAUAUGACUACAAUUAGACUGUCAGGUACUUCACAAUUAUCAUGGGCUUAAUCAAGUGCCCUCUGGAGUUAAAGAGAGUCAGCUGGCUGAACUUUAGUAGGUGCUGCAUUUGACUUUAUAUAAGCAGCUCUAGGGGAUAUUUUAAGAUACACAUUGUAUGUUUUGAAGUUGAUUAUUGCUUGUAUAAGUCAAGACUCUUUCAUAAAUAUACAGUAUUCUACACAUCACUUCCCUGUACCAGAAACAUACAGACCAGAAAAUAUAUUUUAACACUUUGCAAACUUUCUCACCAUAUGUAUAAAAAACCCUGCAUAGAUUUGUUGUUUUCUUGUCUACUUGUUGGAUUUUAAACAAUGUUGUAAGGCAUUCAGAUAACAUUGUGAUUGUAGUUUUAAAUAGGUUAGAAACAGUGCUUAUAUUGAUUUUUUUCACCUCCUUCUAUAACUCAUAAUAAAAUAGGAGUGACAACAUUCCUUAUUAAAAAAAAAAACAACAAACAAAAAAAAA